ACCGUCUUCUGUUUUAGUAAAACGGUUACAGACAGACUAGUGAUGACGACUCACGUGCUAGCUUCAGUUUCUCCCUCACGUUGACUUUCAUCUGAAACCGUAGUCGUCGAACAGUUUGAGGGAUGAUAUACUGAUGGAACGUCACAGAGCGGUGUCUGUUUUUUAAACUGGGUAUUUCAAUUGCAUUCCUUGCCUGGAGUGUGUAUUUUACAAGGGGGCGUUGGUCCUCUCUGUAUUCACAGCGGCUCCACGAUGCGUCUGAUCGUCGGCUCCAGCUCCAUCGGUGGCCAGUUGGAGCUGGUCGUAUCCAGACGGGAGACUCUGGACGGGCUGAGGACGCGGCUCUCUCGUCGACUUAAUGUACACACAGACAAAAUCAUCGUGCUGCACCAAGACAAGCAAUUGAUUGCUGGCAAACUCGUGGAGCAGGGUGUAGCAGAUGGCAGCAGACUGACUUUACAGGUGCCUGGAGUAGUCAAAGCUGGUUUAUUUUUUUCUAGUGCCAGAGUUGAGAGGAUGGUGGAAGUUUUGGAGAGGUUAACGGAAUGCGAGAUCAGCGAUUUCCUGUCCGGGCGUUCACCUUUGGCCAUUAAACUGGCACUGGGUGUCCACACAAUGCAUGUGCAGCUGCAGCUGUCUGCUCAGGAUGUGGCUAAGCUGAAGCUGGACAAAGCCUCGGGGGCUAUUAGCAACCCACCCCCACAGGUCAACAUAGGCCAAUCUGCUUUGAGCUACUCCCCCAAUGACACAACCACCACGUCGCCAUCUUCUUCCCCCCCAGUCACAUACGCCGCCGGCUCCACGCAAUCUGACCAAGCUGUUUCUUCUAUGGACUGCCACCGCCAAGCAACUGCCCGUCACUCCCGUCCACACGCCGCCACUCUUUUAACGCCUUCAUUGCACUCCGCUUGUCCGCUUCCAGUCACCCCACCGGUUUGUUUCAAUGACUCCAUGAUGGCACCUCAGAGUCCGUUACCUGCCUCCACCUUUAGAGAGUCUUUUCACUCAUCCUCUGCUGAGCCGACCAAGCAACCAGGUGCAGUCAUAGAAAGUUUUGAGAGUCACUCUCAAGGGGUUUUCUCUGGAACUUUCUCCGGCACCCUGGCGCCGUGCAGUCGCAGCGGCGUUAGCCAUCGCCGCCGCGGCAUCGCCGUUAUUCUGCAGAUCCUCGAUGACCUGCUCAGAGCUGCCUCACAACACCAAGGGGCUCUAACAUCCCUUUGUCCCGCUUCGGACCCUACAGCCCAGGGGCACAGCUGCAAACAAAGGGUCGAGCCCGUCAGUGAGGCCCUUGAGGCUUGCGGAUUCCACACAAAGUCAGAAGAGAAUCAGACGUUGCACUGCAAGCUAAAGCGUGUCCAAUCUCUGAUGGACCAGCAACGUCAUCACAGGCAAGCUCGCAGAAGUUCCCACUUUUCACAAUCAGCUCACCCGUAUCAGCGUCACCAUCGGCCCUGAUCUCCAGAGGAGUGGACUUGAAGUUACGAUGGGCGUCAUCUCUUGUGCACAUGCUGCUGUUUAUUGAAUUGUGAAAAAAAAACCACACACACAAUUUGGGUCAUUUAAUUCCAACGUAUCUUCCUUUGCUUAUCCAUAAUUGAAAAGAACACAUUGCAUUAGACUUGUUGCCCGCAAUACAAUUAGGUUUUUCAAAAAAAGUAUGAAGUUAAUGCUUCGUUUUUUUUUUUUCUGCUAUCCUGAGAGGCCAGUAGGUGGCAAUGUUUACAUUACCGGUAUUUGACCCAAUUUAGUAGCAGCCUUAUAACCAGCUUGAGUCUUUUGCAGACUGCUUCAGUCGGUCAAGGUCAUCCAACAAACACAACUAACUGUGAACUGAAACAACAACAGAAAAAGUGAUUGUAUUGUCAAAACAUAGAGUAUCAUGUCUAUGCAAAGGUCUGCUCAAUAGCAACACGACAGCACAAAGUCCGGACGUGUUCUCUCGUCAUCCAUGUUGCUGAAAUCUGAACGCGGGUGGACUCUUGUAGCCAAUUUCAUUAAAAACAGUGAUCAACCAAAA